AAGGCUUUUGGAACUAAAUUAGCGGGUUACAACUUCAUAUACCCAAGAAUCAAAGCUCAAUGAAAACCGAGAGGAAAGAUGGAUUGUAUUGAUUUUAGUGUUGAUUUUUUCCUCAUAAGAUUCCAAGAAAGAGAGGAUUUGCUAAGAGUUCUAAAUGGGGGUCCAUCGUUUGUGGGUCCUUACUACUUAACUAUUCGACAAUGGGAACCAGCUUUUGACCUGGAUAAAGCGACAUUCACUACCACAGCUAUCUGGGCAAGAUCACCCAGGCUACCAAUUGAGUAUUAUGAUGUGAAAAUUCUUGAAAGAAUUGGGAAAUUAUUGGGAAAGCCUUUGCAAUUGGAUGCUCAUACAGCACAUCAGACGAGAGGACAAUUUGCCAGGAUUUGUGUUCAAGUAGAUCUUGAUGAGUCGCUUGUCCCCUUUGUUAGGAUUGGUAAGCAUAUCCAGAAAGUACUAUAUGAGGGUCCAGUAGCUCUUUGUUUCUCUUAUGGAUGUGUUGGCCACAAAGAGAACUCCUGCCCACUCAAAUCAUCGCAAGCCCCUGCUGUUAUGGAAGAGGACUCCCCCAAUUGUACCAAACCUGCCAACAUGGAUGUUAGGGAUGAUACUGUGAUAGAGGAGUGUUAAGGAUUUGGUCCAUGGAUGCUUGUUGAUAGGAAGAAAAAUAGGAGGAAGCUUAAUGGAAAGGCACCUUGUUCUGGGAAUUAACAGAGCAAUCCAAACUCUUCACAUGGAGGGAAAUUGAGUAGCCAACUCACUGAGUUGUGAAGCGGGUUGAAGCGGAGUGAUGAGAUGGUCAAUAUGUUGGGGGACAACCCAAUUAAUGAUCUUACUGUUG